UCGCGCAUGCGGGGUACCGAUCGGAUUUCCGGUAGCGACACCGCCCCAAAAGUCUGUUUUUAACCACAGAACCUCUUUAAUGUCCGCUAAGCGAAGACACGAUGACGACGAAGUGGACAGGGCUGCUUCUUCCAACAUGAAACAGAAGAAGAGACAAGUGGCUGCUUCUUCCAACAAGAACCAGAAGAGACAUGUAGCUGCUCUCAUUUUAGCACGGGGGGGAAGCAAAGGCAUUCCGCUUAAAAACAUCAAGCCCUUAGCCGGUGUCCCCCUUAUCGGAUGGGUGCUGAGGGCUGCCGUGGACUCCGAAGUGUUUGAUAGUGUGUGGGUAUCAACAGACCACGCCGAGAUUAAGAAAGUUGCUGAGGCAUGGGGUGCUCAGGUGCACCAGAGGAGUCCUGAAGUCUCCAGAGACUCUACUUCAUCAUUAGAAACUAUCCAAGAGUUUCUGAAAUACCAUAAUGAGGUGGAUAUAGUUUGCAACAUCCAGGCUACAUCCCCAUGCCUCCAUCCGUUCGAUGUGAGGGAAGCCUUAAAAAAGAUCACAGAGGACGGCUAUGAUUCCGUCUUUUCAGUGGUCAGGAGACACCAGUUUCGCUGGAAGGAGGUAGAUGAAUUGUCUGAUGAAAAAACUAAGGCGUUAAAUCUGGACCCAGCCAACCGGCCGCGGCGUCAGGACUGGCCCGGAGAGCUCUGUGAGAAUGGCUCGUUUUACUUCACCACAAAAGAUCUCAUUAACACGGGACACUUGCAGGGCGGUAAGUCAAUCUACUAUGAGAUGCUGCCGGAGUUCAGUGUGGACAUAGAUGGAGACAUCGACUGGCCUGUGGCAGAACAGAGGGUUCUCAGGUACGGGUACCCCGGUAAGGUAGUCCGCCUGCUGUUCUGCAAUGUUUCUGCAUGUUUAGCAGAAGGAAUCAACGCUCUGUCUAGUAAUACUAGAAACACAUCUGCUAUUCACAUGCUGCAGGAAAAACAAGUGGAGGUCAUACUGUUGACCUCCAGUAAUGACGCUGUGGCCCAGUCUUUGGCUGACAAACUUCAAAAAAGGACAGGGUGCCAGGUCAUGAAGGUGGGAAAGAAGCCACAGAAUAAUUUGGAAGAGGUCAUGAAGAACAAGAGUCUGGACUGGAAACAUGUGGCAUUCAUGGGUUUUGAUCAAGCAGAUGAGAAAUUGCUGAAGCUGGCAGGUUUGAGUGCAGUACCCGGGGAUGCUCCAGAGUUGGCCUCAAAGGCUGCAAAGUACAUCUGCCACCUUUCUAGGGGAUCAGGAGCUGUGUGGGAUUUUGCUGAGCACAUUUUCCUGCAUAAACCGAUGGCAAAACCUUAGGAGGACCACAUCAUUUGUAAGAACUUCUAAUGGCAGAUUAAUUUUGAUAAAUUGAACAAAUCAAACGAAAUCAAAUUAGUGGUGUAUAUGUUAGAAAUAUCAAGAGACGGGUUUGUAGUAAUGGUAAAAAAGCAGAUCCUCGUUCAAUUCUAAGGUUUUGUAUAUCAGGACAUAAUAAAAUAAUCAUAUAGUCCUCACCAGUUGUUAAAAAUUGAGAAAAGCAACCUUGGAUGUGCAAAAACACACGGCCUACUACACUUUGUCACCAUUUAACAGAAGCUAAGCCAAAAUGCAGGAGGUUAGCAGCACCUGCUAGUCAAAUGCAUUUGAUUAAUUUAUCAUCAGCACGUGUGAGGACCUCUAUAAAAACAGAGGUUUGGAAGUUUUUAAGGUCCAGAGCUCUCACCUGUGUUAACACAAUGACACAUGCUUCCCAGAAGUGGACGUCUCAUGAUCCCAAGGUCAGACUGUGCAAUGUUCAAAGAAAGUGCAAAGAACAAACAAACAAAAAACAGAAAAAGACUUAACAAGUAUGGCUUGUUUGGAAGGAUUGCUAGCAGAAAGUCUCUUCUUCUAAAAAGAAUGUGACAGCUUGGCUUAGGUCAAGGAAAAUAUAUCUGAACAAGACUUCUGGAACAAUGUCCUUUGGACAGACACGGCUAAGGUGGAGAUGUUUAGCCGUAAUGCACAGCAUCAGCAGAAACGCCAAUCAGCUGUCAGACACGGUGUUGUGGUCACUGAGCCGACCAUGACCACCUCUGUGUACCAAACUAUUCAAAUGUGAGGCCACCUGUCUGACAGCUAAAGCUUUACUGAAACUGGGUCAUGUGUUGCAGAGAGUUAAAGUCCACAUCUGAACCCCUUCACUGUGUAAAGAACGGUGAGCUAAAAUUCCUCUACAGUGAUUUGAGGCUGCUCAAGUGCAUAAUUCUAGUCAUUCCUGCUGAAGAUGGUUCUACAAGCUACUGAUUCAUAGACUGUAUUUAGUUUUUUACACAUCGUUUCUGCAUUUUGGUUUAGUUUUAUUAAACAAACAAUGUCAUGUUGUAAUAUGUUGUGCUUUUGUUCAUCUGAGGUUGCAUUUACCUAACUUUAAGAUCUGGUAAGGGCCAGAAAGGUUUUUUUGUAUUACAUCCUGAUAUCUAAAACGUCAGAGCUGUCUUUUUUUUUUUUUUUUGUGUGUGUGUGUGUGUGUUAACCAUCGCUGAGCAAGAAACUUUCCCUGUGCCGAGCAAGAGGAAUGUUGGCAGUGUUUUGGAUUUUACAAGUUAAAUCAAAUGUUGAGGAAGGCUGUGUUUGAAUAUGAUCACACCAAGUGAAGUAUAAACAGGAAGCAUCACUCAUUUUACUGCAAGGACACCAGAGGCCUAGACUAUGGAGCAGAAUUUGGGUAUUAGUCUGUGUUAUUCGGUGUUUCUGUACCAUGUAGCAGGUUCACGUCUUAUCAGAGAACAUCACCAUGGUAACACAUGAUCUAGGCCUGUUAAGACAUCUUAAAAGAAGAUGAGGUGCCAAAAUGGAAGUGAAAUUAGUCAAAUGUCACAUAGUGCAUCCCACUCAGUCUUGAAAGGUUUCUUUGAAUGUAUGCUGACGUCUAGUUCCAAGAUGGACAAGAACAUAUCUGUAGUCCCUCAAUAAUGUGUCUAACCUCAGGCGCUACGUGAGCUACACUAUAUUACUAUAAUAUGCUGGACAACAUUUUCUGUCAAAAACAUAAUUAAAUCUAAGGAGCUUGGAAAGAAAAGCUCACCUCUCAUCCAAGAACAUGAGUUCUGAAGAACUAUGACGGGCCAGGUCCAUCCAGCAUUAACUACAGUGUCUCACUGCCUUUCUUGUUACUCCAGCAAGAACUAAACAAUAAUAAGGUCAGUGUGGGAAAAGGAAAAACAUGUCACGGUUAUCAUGCUGCUCAUAUCCCCUUAUAGCACUGGUUCUCCAAUGGGGUUUGCAGGGCUCAGAGCUAUUCAGUCCAUUUUCUCCCACUUAUCCAAGUCAUCAGAGAGACAAACAUUCGUACCAACAGCCAGUUUAGAAUCACCAUGUAUUUAGGAGUACCCGGAGCCCACACGGUUAUGUGAGCAUGCAGACUCCCCAAGGAAAGAUCCAGAGUGAAUUUGAACCCUGGACCUUUUGGUUGUGAGGCUGUAGUGCUAAUUCCUGCGGUCCCCUUUGCAAUCAAUUGUAGACCCUAUGCAUCUCCAUGAUUGGCAGGACAGGCUCAGGCAGCUUUUGUUGCAGACAACUUGAGUUCCUCUAGAGCUGAGAGCGUCUCUCUGUUAGGUUAUCUUUCAGUGACUGCUAGAAAAAUAAACUAAGCACAUUUCUGUGUUUAAGAUUGAUAAGGUAAGGCUGGAGUUGUCAAAGAUCUUUAAUAUGCUGCUUCACCUUCCUACUGAGAAGAUUGGAGCUACUUAAUAACUGCUAGCUACAUCUACUAGCCCGUUACACUUUAGCCUACAAAUGACUUGGUGUGUGCUGGAAAGACCUUCAUAUAAAACCAGUUUUUUGUUGUUUUUCAUUGUUUUGUUUUUACUUGGUAAAGUUUAUACGUUACACUAGCUGGAUUUUGCUGCUUCCACCCACAUUUACAGGCUUUAUGCUCGGCUAAACUGCUCCUGAUUUUCUUAAAAAUGUCUUUUUUUUCUUUUUGCCGUUUCAAAAUCUCAUGAAUCAUUUCUGAUUUAAAUUUUAAUGAACUGAUUAUUUUGUGAUUCUUUUUAAAUUAUCAAAUAAAUAAACUUGUUUGAUGUUGA